CUCGCCCCCGGCGCCUCUGCUUCCAGGCCGCUUUUCGGUUCGGAUCCUGCGAAUGGUUUUGGCAGUACCUUCAUGUAGGACCUGCUUCCUAGCCCGCUGGCCGCGGUGAAUUCCACCUGUGGUGCUUUAACUUGUGCAGCAGAGACGCUACCCCUGAGGGAGGCGGGGAAGGACGGGCCAACUGGAGAGUGGGGGCGCGGGUUGGGAUUCGGGUGCCGGUGCCCCUUGCCUACCACGGGGUGGUGGGGAACCAGGGAGGGUGAACUUCCACUCAGAGAUUGUGGUGUAAUGGGGAAAAUAUGCUUUGAGUCAGUAAGGCUGUGCAGGUGCACAGUCAAGGAGAGAGGCUGAGAAAACCAAGGAAAUUUCUCGGGGGUGACUUUUGAACUGCAGAAAAGUUUGGCAGAGGACAAGGGCUUCAGGUUAAUGUGAGAUCACUAGAAGUCGAGGUAUUCAGGUGCCGAGCAGAGCCCUUUUCUCCAUCUUCCCACUUUAUGAUCUCUUCCUGUAGCCCAUAAUUAUUUAUAGUAAAGAGUGUUUUGAAGACGGGAGUUUUUCCUGGCAGAGCCCUGAUUUAGCCUCACAGUAUGAAGAGAGAAGUCAGAAAAUCCGAGAGAUUUAUCGCUUGAGGGACGGGUUGGUUUCCUGAUUUCUCAUCUUCCUCAGGCUGGGCUUCAUCAUCAGGCCUCCUCACCAGCUCCUGUCCCUUCUUUUGUGUCCUGGACUCCGGCUACCUCGACUCUCAGUACUUUGUGCUCAGCCCAGAAUCAAAGGGCAGUUCAGCCUUCCUUCCUCCCCAUUUGAUCCCUUCAUCAUCAAACUUGGAUUUCCCCAUGCUGGGAAGUGAGUCCUGCCUGUGCCAUCCACAGACCCAGAGCCAUGGCUAUCUCCUCCUCCUCCUGUGAACUGCCCCUUGUGGCUGUGUGCCAGGUAACAUCGACACCUGACAAACAGCAGAACUUUAAAACUUGUGCUGAGCUAGUUCGAGAGGCUGCCAGACUGGGCUCUUGCCUGGCUUUUCUGCCUGAGGCAUUUGACUUCAUUGCACGAGAUCCUGCAGAGACGCUACGCCUGUCUGAGCCACUGGAUGGGAACCUUUUGGGAGAAUAUACCCAGCUUGCCAGGGAAUGUGGACUCUGGCUGUCCUUGGGUGGUUUCCAUGAGCGUGGCCAAGACUGGGAGCAGACUCAGAAAAUCUACAAUUGUCAUGUGCUUCUGAACAGCAAGGGGUCAGUAGUGGCCACUUACAGGAAGACACAUCUGUGUGACGUAGAGAUUCCAGGGCAGGGACCUAUGCGUGAAAGCAAUUCUACCCUGCCUGGGCCCAGUCUUGAGUCACCUGUCAGCACACCAGCAGGCAAGGUUGGUCUAGCUAUCUGCUAUGACAUGCGGUUCCCUGAACUGUCUCUGGCAUUGGCUCAGGCUGGAGCAGAAAUACUUACCUACCCUUCAGCUUUUGGAUCUGUAACAGGCCCAGCCCACUGGGAGGUGUUGCUGCGGGCACGUGCCAUUGAAACCCAGUGCUAUGUAGUGGCAGCAGCACAGUGUGGACGCCACCAUGAGAAGAGAUCAAGUUAUGGCCAGAGCAUGGUGGUGGAUCCCUGGGGAACAGUGGUGGCCCGCUGCUCUGAGGGACAAGGCCUCUGCCUUGCCCGAAUUGACCUCAAUUAUCUGCGACAGUUGCGCCAACACCUGCCUGUAUUCCAGCAUCGCAGGCCUGACCUCUAUGGCAAUCUGGGUCACCCACGGUCUUAAGACUUUUGACUUCUGUGAGUUGAGACCCCCAUUGUGAGCUGGUGUUGCUGUGACUUGUAGGCAGGACCCAGGCACAGCUCCCCUCACUUGGGGAACCUUGACUCUCUUGAUGGAACACAGGCUCAGCUUCUUGGGAAAGAAGAAACUUGCACCUGAGCUCAGAUUUCAGUUUCAGAAAAGUGGAAUUUUAUGUAGUCACUGUUUAUUUCAUGAAAACUGAAGUUACGCUGAGGGCUGAGCAGCACUGGCAUUGAAAAAAAUAUAAUCAUAAAGUCUGUGUCUGGACAUCUCC